AGACUCAAGUAAAAAAGACCAGACAAGCCGGUGGCUAUUCAGUAAGCGCAGCAGCAGCGAACGAAAGAAACUUUACGGGAGAAACGUUGACGGUACCGAGAGGCGGACGGCUGUACUGUGUGUUAUUUGCUGGACUAUACUGGAACACAGCGGCGGGACACUGAAGACGCUCAGCUCGCUGUUUUUUUUAAAGCUACAAAUCCCCGUUAAGCUAACGUUUAGGGCGACAUUCCCGCUUGUUUUUGUGAACUACCUGGAAGAACAGCCAUGCUCACCCUGUGCCUCGUGUUGAUGUUAUCCACUGCCUCCGUCUUCUCAGAGUCGCAGGUGAGGGAGACGGAGACAUGGAUGCCCAUGAAGAGCUCGCAGACGGCCGGCGUGUCGACACGUGGCGGUGAUCUGGAGGCGUCUGGAGACGGCCCGAUUGGCUCAGACUUCGGCUUCACAGACGACGACGCUGACAAUUACACGUACGACGAUGAAGACUACAACGACUUCUCUGGAUCUGGUGACGCAGACACGCCCAUAUCACCUGACGAGACGACAACAGUGAAGCUCGACAUUAUUGACAAUAAGAUCCCCGAGCCAGAGCGCCCGGUGCGACCAACCGUCAACGAGAGAGAUAUCGUUGAGAAGAACGAGAUCCCUGUGCUGGGCAACGACGAUCGCAGAGAAGACAACCUGUCCAAUGUCCUCAUGUCCCAUACCGGCAACGAGAGCAUCACGAGCAAGACUGAGUUCCUUGCAGCUCUGACCGCGACCCUCGCCGUCAGCCUGGUGCUCGCCGUCCUCCUCAUCCUCUUCCUCAUCUAUCGCAUGAAGAAAAAGGACGAGGGCAGCUACGAUCUGUCGAAGAAGCCCAUCUACAAGAAGGCCCCCACCACAGAGAUCUACGCAUAGACCCCGACCUCCUCCUGCUCCUCCUCCUUUCACAACCACACACAAUCACACACCUCACUCCCUUAAAAACCCAAUCAGGGCCGGCGUCUGGCCUUGCCAUGCCUCAUCAUCAUACCUCCUCCUCCUCCUCACUUUCCUCCAGCGGAGCGAUGCUGGGUAAAUCAGAAGAGAAGCCCCGACAACACGAUCGACAGACUGGCUCCUCCCUGAUGUGCGCUUUAUUACCGACGCUCUCUGAACCAAUCAGAGGCUUCGCUUUCUCAGAAAAGGAAAAUGAGCGACAGGAGUGGACUGUCUCAGCUGCCAUGACCUCACUUCCUCUCAAACAGGACAAGACUCCUCCCUUCUUUCCUUUAAAAACACUAAAACGGUACUUUUAUCGGUCCAGUUAUUUAUUCUCUCCUCUGAACCUGCAACUUCUAAAGACUAACGAGGUUUUCAUGAGAUUUUUUUUUUUUAAUGCCAUAAUGAGAAAAACAAAGUUGGUUUUAAUCUGAAAGUUGUGCAGCGGUUUCAUGCUCCGUUAGAAGUGACCCUGUAUAGAAGUGUUGUUUCUGCACUGUAAAACGAUCACUUCCUGUUCUGUAAACCUUCAGAUGCAGCAGAGUUCAUUAAAAUGACCUUAAAAGGCUUUUUAUUUCCCUUCAAA